AAGGCAAGGCAAUAUCGAAAAAUUAAUGGAAGCAAGCAAGGAGAGAGAAAGUCAGUGCGAGAGUCUCUAGAGAGAGAAAGCGUGUGUGUCUCUGUGUGUGCGGCGCGCGCACUGUGCUUCCAGGGCGAGAUGAUGGGCCAGAUCGUGAAGAGGAAGAAGAAAGGGAGGCCGCCGAAGUCGGAUCUGGCCAACCGCUCGCCGAAGCCCUCGUCGGCGCUGGAACCGGACCUCCGCCGGAGCCUCCGCCGGCGGAGCGUCAGGUACACCUUCAUCGAUUACGACGACUACAUCGACGACGAGUACGACUUCGACGAGGAAGAGGAGGACGAAGACGAGAGGAGGAGGGCGAAGAAGCUGAAACUGGUAGUGAAGCUCGACCAGGAGGCGCGUGGCGAGCACGCCCUGGACAGCGGCGCGUCCAGCUCGGAGGAGGAGCACGGGGAGAGGAAACCGGUGAGGAGCGGCGGCGGCGGCGGGGACGAGGAUGCGGAGGAGAUUGGUGGCGAUGACGAUGAGGAGGAAAGAGGUCUCAGAGAAAAAUCGGCAGUGCUCAAUUCUCCCCGAGCAAGGCCGAGGUCUCCUGUUCCUUCAUCAGGGAUUCCGCUACCUGAUAAGAGGAAGCUCGAGUUGAUACUUGACAAACUCCAGAAGUGCGGUUUGCGUAUAUGUUGUGUUUCCUUUUCAAAUGAGUAUUUUGUAACCUUUUUCCCUUGUGAAUGUCUCAAUGGUCUGUGUUGUAAUUCUGGCAGGAAAGAUAUUUAUGGUGUUUAUGCCGAGCCUGUUGAUCCUGAGGAGCUUCCAGAUUACCAUGAGCUUAUUGAGCAUCCAAUGGAUUUUUCCACUGUGAGGAAGAAGCUUGCCAAUGGUUCAUACUCUACGUUGGAGCAGUUUGAGAGUGAUGUCUUCCUUAUUUGCUCCAAUGCUAUGCAAUAUAAUGCGCCAGAUACUAUAUACCACAAACAGGCUCGUUGUAUUCAAGAGUUGGGGAGGAAGAAAUUUUUGAAGUUGAGGAUUGACUUUGAACGCUCUGAGAAAGACAAACUAAAGAUUGACUUGGAACAGUCAGAAAAGGAACUUAAAUCUGACCAGAGAACGAAGUCCAAUUUUUUGGCAAAGAAACAAAUGAAAAAGCACUUCUCCCAACCUGUACAGGAAUCUGAUUCUGCCGGCAUCACUUGUGCAGACGUCCCAGAUGUCCUAAAUAGUGCCACCACAAACCAAGCUGCUGGUUAUGAUAGACUGAGCAAUCUUGACAGUCCUGUCGAGGGCAAUGCUAUGCAGAUGGAGGCUAACGUAGAGAAAGCAGAAGACCUAUCUUUAGGUAAAGGUCCUCCAUCGAAAUUAGCACGGAAGCCGUAUUUGCAUGAUGAGAAUCGUCGUGCAACUUAUAACACAACAGAAGAAUCCGUGGUUCAACCUGACACCAUAUUUAGUACAUUUGAGGGUGAAGUUAGGCAGUUGGUUGCUGUGGGGCUUCCUGUGGAGUAUUCUUAUGCCAGAAGCCUGGCUCGUUUUGCUGCAACUCUUGGUCCUGCUGCUUGGAGACUUGCCUCCCAGAGGAUUGAGCGAGCUUUGCCAGCUGGAUGUAAAUUUGGCCGAGGAUGGGUUGGAGAGUAUGAGCCCCAUCCUACCCCAGUUCUACUAGUUGACAACCGAAUGAUGAAAGAUUCUCCUCUAGGAACAAGAUUGCAUAACCGAGAUGAAUUGAAAAUGAAUGAAUUAAUAAUCUCUAAAAUCCAAGAACCGGCCAAGGAGCAUUCGGUCAGUCAGCUUGCUUUGGAAGGGAAACCACCUUUUCCUGUUGGGAGAAGAUCCAGUACUACAAACAAUGCCAAUGUUCAAACAGAGAGCCCAUUUCAGAAAAAUUCGAGUGAGCCAAAGAUAAAAGUUACAGAACAAUUUGAAUUGAACUCUUUGCCUUCAGGAGAUCACCAGAAUGCCGAGCAUGUUGCAGAGAAGAAAUUUUCCAAGAGUUCAGAAGCAGGGGCUUCCACGUCUGGAGAGUCUGUUUCAAGAAAUUUAAUUCAUCAACAUUCAGGGAUUUCAGGGGCAGCUUCUUCCGCAGCUAGGGAGCAAGUUUUGAAAAACACUAGUCCGCUGCAGUGCAUGCCAGCUCAGCGGCCAGAUGCUAAUGGAGUGGUUACUAGGGGUUUGCCCAAUGGGAAGGUUGCAAGUAAUAGUUUUGAGAAUAGCAGGAUCACUUCUAUGUCUUCUGUUGGUAUUCCAAAUCAAAUGCCCAGAAUGAUAUCAUUUCCCCAUGGACAGGACCAUGGUCUCAGCGACCCUGUUCAGUUGAUGAGAAUGAUGGCUGAAAAGGCUCAAAAGCAACAUAACUCUUCUAAUCAGGCUGCAAUUGAUGCUUCAUCGGUAAUGACGCCUUCAUCUUCCAUAAGAAGAGACGAUCAAAGCAAUGCCGCAGCAACUGCUGCUAGGGUCUGGAUGUCCGUUGGUGCUGGAGGGCUAAAGCCGGUUAUCGAAAAUCCCUGCAUGCAGAAAAGUCAAGUACCUCCAGCUUUUCCACACAGUUUAUCUCAUGAAUAUCUUUUGCACGUGGCUCGAGUUCGUGGUGAAAUUCCAGCUUCUGGGAUGAUGCAAUUUCAACCUCCGAAAAACAGUUUUCCAAUCCAGACAUUUGGACGCCCUCCCAUUCACUUGGGCACCGAAGCCCCAUACCAAAAUAGGCCAGUGGUUUUCCCUCAAUAUAUGGCAGCUGACUUGUCUAGGUCUCAAGCAGUCUCUCCUUGGAGGGGUGUUAGUCAGCAUACACAGCAGAGGCAGAAGCAGGAAAUGCGUCCUCCAGAUCUGAAUGUUGGUUUCCAGUCACCAGGUUCCCCUGUGCCGCAGUCUUCUGGUGUUCUGGUUGAUUCACAGCAGCCAGAUUUGGCCUUGCAACUUUGAGACUGAUGGCUUACUGUCAACGUGGAUGACGGAGGAAGAGAACAGGAAUUCGUGGCUUCAGUUUUCGGGAAUGUGAAAGUGAAUAUGUUCUUGGUUGACGGGAGCCCUUGGAAUGCCACUUUGUUAACAUGCCCAGAUAGUCCAGAUGACCAAAUGAGGCAAAGUCCCUGUUGAACUGAGAUGGUUGUUUGUCUGAUUGAGGACGAGCAUUGGCUUCAAAGUCAGAGAACUCCCAACAAGUGUCAGUGCCAAGAGGUUGCCACGGGGUCAUUGUUGUGGUCUGUGUAAAGGUAGCGGAGCAUUCUGUCUUAUUUUUCCCCUGACAAUGACGACUAACUUAUCGCGGCAUAUAAUCUAAGUUACAGUUUACGGAGAUACGAAGUUAGGAUAGUCUCAGAGAAGGGUCUUGUGUAUGGAGUCUGUAUUUGUGCCUUCGACUCAAAAAGAAAAUGUAGAGAUGGACGGUACGAUUUUUGCAGGCCGGUGAUAGUUUUGGAUGUAACAGUUCCUCAGUGCCUAUCUUUGUGAUAUUCCAACCCUUGUUUUACCCUUCAUUUA